CCACAUCUUCACGCUAUCAACUUGAAAUCGAGAAAGGUUCGCCGUUCCGGCUGCGCGACGGAGCCAAAUUGCCCUCUUCUUCCCCUGCCCCUACUCAGAGAGAAUCCAAAUAUUUAAUCGUUGUCUCGAAUUGAAGGAGUGGGGGAUUUUCCUACCCACAAUCAGAAAGUUUCGAACUUUCCCCUAAGACGAUUCGUUCAGCGGUCGAUCAAUUGAUUGAAGCGACGCGGUGGCCAACCUGGGUGGUCGCAUUGAGGGCUCAGCAAUGGAAGGUGCAAGUAGCUGGAAUGCCCUUGAGUGGACCAAAACAGAGUCCGUGUCAAGGUCAGCGACUCAUGGGAUGGCUGAGUUCUUGCUGGAAGCCGAGGAGGUCAUUGUACAGGGUCAUGGUGUUGUUCUAGUCAACACAGAUACGGCAGGCACAUUGUCAGUAACAAACUUUCGCCUUCUUUUUCUGAGUGAGGCUUCUCGUGAUAUAAUUGAACUUGGCACCAUAGCAUUGACAACUAUCGAGAAGUUUAGUAAGCAAAUAGUGAAGCCUUCUUCAGUUCCUCGUCAAUUAGAUCGAACACAAUCACAAAGGCUCCUUCAAGUUUUUGGUAAGGAUCUGAGGAUCAUUGUCUUUGGUUUUCGACCCAGAACGAAGCAGCGACGAGCUGUUUUUGAAGCUUUGUCAAGAUACACCAGGCCAGCACGAUUAUGGGAUAUGUACGCUUUAACUUGUGGUCCUUCCAAAUUCAGCAACAUAAAUCCAAAGUUGCGGUUAAUUAAAGAAUACCUUCGGCUUCUAGGCAAAGAUUCUUUGUCUAUAUCAAGCAAGAAAAUUGAUGAAGGGUCAAUCAUUGUCUCGAACGACUGGUGGAGAAUUUCAACAAUAAAUUCUGGAUAUUCACUGUGUUCAACUUAUCCUUCUUCCCUGAUUGUCCCAAGAAGUAUCAGUGAUGAAGAAUUACAGCAGGCUGCUUCAUUCCGUGGGAGGGGACGUUUACCUGUAAUUUCAUGGUGUCAUGCUGGAACUGGCGCGGUGCUUGCACGGUCAUCCCAGCCGUUGGUUGGUCUUAUGAUGAAUAUGAGAAGCAACAUGGAUGAGAAACUUGUUGCUGCACUUUGCACUCAAACUGUCGAUGGAAAGGGAGCACGAAGGAAGCUUUAUAUUGCUGAUGCAAGGCCUAGAAAAAAUGCUUUGGCGAAUGGUGCAAUGGGAGGUGGGUCAGAGUCAUCUUCUAAUUAUUUUCAAUCUGAGGUUGUCUUUUUUGGGAUUGAUAACAUACAUGCUAUGAGAGAGAGUCUUGCUCGGCUAAGAGACUAUUUGGACACUCAUGGAUCAACUUCAUCUGAUGGAAUGUCAUCUUUUCUGAGACAUGGAGGAUGGAGCUGGGGUGGAGGCAAUUUAAGCAGUAUGUCAGCUUCUGUUUCAACUCUUGGUGAUACUGCUUGGUUGAAUCAUGUUCAGAGUGUCCUUGCGGGUGCUGCUUGGAUUGCUGCUCGCGUGGCAUUGGAAUCGGCCUCUGUUCUUGUACAUUGCAGUGAUGGAUGGGAUAGAACAACUCAAUUGGUAUCACUUGCAAGCCUGUUACUUGAUCCAUACUACAGGACUUUCAAAGGAUUUCAGGCUCUUGUUGAAAAAGAUUGGCUUGCUUUUGGCCAUCCAUUUUCUGACCGACUUGGAAUUCCAACAUCAUCUGGGAGUAGCAUCUCAAAUUUGGAAUUAUCCAGACAAUCUUCUGCAGGAAGCCUUCCAAGGACAUCCUCAGUUGGAAGCUCAUCACAUUCACAGGUCGCAAACAAUUGCUCUCCGAUAUUCUUACAGUGGGUUGAUUGUGUUUCACAAUUACUAAGAGUGUACCCAAGUGCUUUUGAAUUCUCAUCGGCUUUCCUGGUUGAUUUUCUGGAUUGUGUGCUCUCUUGUCGCUUUGGAAACUUUUUAUGCAACAGUGAGAAAGAGAGGCAGCAAUCCGGUAUUGCCGAUGCUUGUGGGUGCAUAUGGAUGUACUUGGCCCAUCUGCGUUCGUCCGAGGAUGGUUCUCAUGUUCAUUAUAAUGCGUUCUAUGAUCCCACAAAACAUGCUCGUCCGCUGCGGCCUCCUGCUGCGUCAUUGGCUCCAACUCUUUGGCCGCAGUUUCAUUUGAGGUGGGCUUGUCCACAAGAAGCACAAGCAGGGGAAUUGGAAUCUAAGUGGCAUUUUAUGAGAAAAAGUUGUACAGAGAUGGCAAAGGCUAGGGAUAUGUCGGAUAUGAAGGCAAAAGAUCUUCAAGUUAAUCUUGAGUCUCUAGCAGCACAAUUGCAGAAGGAGAAGCAAUUAAGUAUUUCAGCAGUAGCUACAGCUAGAAGGGUGUACAGAGAGAACCUGGCCAUAAAGAAAGCAAUCGAGGCCCUUGGUUGUGAAGUACAUUUCUCAUGCAACAGAAGUAAUCAAUUGGACCGAGGAAAUAUUGUGCCAGACAUAAUAGAAGGCUUUACAUCCCCUCUAAGAUGGGACUCGGUCGACGGUAAAGAACACGACGAUAACGAUGAUCUGUGCGUCUCCAUCGUAGCCAGGGACGAGCAAUUGGUUUCUGAUAACCCAAUCAGCAGAGUAUGUGAAACACUGUGUCCAUACCGGACAAAAGAAGGUUGCAAGUGGCCCGAUGCGCUCUGUGCACAAUUUGGCAGCCAGUUCGUUGGCCUAAAGGCAAACUUCGACGCAUUUGACCGGCUUUCUAUUCGCGAUUGUUAUUUUGGAUCAGAAUAACUUAAUGAAUUCAUGGCUUCAGUUGUAAAGCAAUUAGAGCUGCUUUCCUAAAAUGGAUGGCUCCAGCUUAUAACUGUGCUUGGCUAGAAUUGACAGAGAUUACAGUAUUCUACAGUGUACAGGCGUGACUAAUGGACGUUGAAUGAAUUCUAUAGUAGCAAUGACAUAGAUAGAUAGCCUUGCAGGAUCGACAUUCUAGAGGGUGCAUUCUCUGGCUUGCCUAGCCUUAUUUUAACUCUGCAGGCAAGUGGAUCUGUAACAUGGUUCGACAUUUUAUGAUUCCAAUGUCUUAUCAGUUGAUUUGUUUGUAAAUAUGUUUAAUAAACUGUAUAUUUAUCUUGACAACACUCCAUAAUUGAGCGACCACCACAUACCAUUAUUAUUUCGUCUUUGUUGUCUGAUGACAAUGUCAUUGUUUUUCAAUAUAUUUCAUUAACUUGAAGCAA